AUGAAGGUCUACGCUGCUGUCGCUGCUUUGGUUGCGCUCGCCCAAGCUAACCUCGACGUUGUCACUCUUAACGUCAAUGGCGACAACUACAUCACCGAAGCCAACGCUACCCUCGUCCUGGGCAAAGCACCAAGCCCACAGGGUUCUGGGGAUGCCGCACUCUGGAGCGCCAUUAUGAUGGACAAGCAGGACUUCCUGCAAGGAGUCACGCAGAACUCUGCUGCAGACUACUGGUGUGCCAACAUGCCAGCUACUCAAUGGUGCAACUUCGCAUACACACUGGUCGGCUCGCAAGUCACCGCCGGCAAAGCUGUGCCCGCGUCUCCGGGUUCAAAGGUCAAGACGACCUACAAGCUCAACUCGAGCACUCAGCUGUGGGACCAGAACGUGUACAUUGACGGCAAGCUCGUUUCUACCGUUAAUACUAGCAAGGGGCAGCACGGCAAGAUCUUCUACAUCUCGCUCGAGUGUGCUCAAGGCACUUGCGCCGCUGCUAGCGCUCACAGCUGGGAAGAUGUCACCAUUGUGCUGAACAAGGCCGACACGAGCUUCAAGCACUCGGGCAGCUGGGAGUACGGUGCGACUGGUGGCGAGAUGUCUACGUCUGACAACGGCAAGACCUGGAAGCUUAGCACCUUGUCGAUUCCGCAGACCGUCCCUCAGUAA